GGCGGGCGAGGAGUGGGCUUGCCCUGGUUGACGUCGCGACAGCUUUUUCGGCGUCGCGAUAUUUGAUCUCGGCAAUGGAGCGCAGUGCAGCCGACGAGAUGAGCUGGGUGGAGGCGGACCUGGGACAUUCAAUUGGAGGUCUCCACACGGGGGUACAGAGGCGGCGGCUGCGCCUAGUGAUUGGUUCGGGACGGACGGGCCCAUGCAUGCGUCCCCACCCUUCCAACACUGGGACCUCUGGCUUCGCUGCAAAAUUGCGGUGGUGCAGCAUUGACAGCCAGCGCCAAUGCAUCCCGCCUCCUUUCCCCUUCCUUCCUUCCUCGCCCGCUCGCAGCCUCCAAACCGCACACCCAUCGUCGAGACCAAACAUCCGUUCCUUUCCCGCCUUUGAUUUCCCUUCACUUCUGACCAAUUCUCGCUCUCUUCCGCCACUGCUUUCUUGAGUGUGUUUGCACCUUCGCGCCACCGCCGCCGCCGAUCGACUGCACACCAGUUCAAUCCCAAUUGACGACCCACUGUCUGCAGGUGCUUGCUGUGCGCCGACUCCCUGGUUCAACCCGAGAGCGUCGGCACAAUCCCCACACACCUCAUUGCGCUUCGCAGAGUCAUCUUGUUCGCCCGGUUGGGGUUGGAUCAGUCAAGAUGGGUUGCGGGAUGAGCACGGAGGAGAAGGAGGGCAAGGCCCGGAACGAGGAGAUUGAGAACCAGCUUAAGAGGGAUCGCCUGCAACAGCGCAAUGAGAUCAAGAUGCUGCUUCUGGGUGCUGGUGAAUCUGGAAAGUCGACGAUUCUCAAGCAAAUGAAGCUCAUCCACGAGGGCGGCUACUCCCGGGACGAGCGCGAGUCCUUCAAGGAGAUCAUCUUCAGCAACACGGUCCAGUCGAUGCGCGUUAUUCUCGAGGCCAUGGAGUCGCUGGAGCUGCCCCUCGAGGACCAACGGAUGGAGUACCAUGUGCAGACCAUCUUCAUGCAGCCAGCCCAGAUCGAGGGCGAUGUCCUGCCGCCCGAGGUCGGAAAUGCCAUUGAGGCUCUGUGGAAGGACCGUGGCGUGCAAGAGUGCUUCAAGCGCUCGAGGGAAUACCAGCUGAACGACUCGGCCAGAUACUACUUCGACAACAUUGCCCGCAUCGCAGCACCAGAUUACAUGCCUAACGAUCAGGACGUGCUGCGGUCUCGUGUCAAGACGACCGGUAUCACCGAGACCACCUUCAUCAUCGGCGACCUGACGUACCGCAUGUUCGACGUCGGUGGCCAUCGAUCAGAGCGCAAGAAGUGGAUCCACUGCUUCGAGAACGUCACGACAAUCCUCUUCCUGGUCGCCAUAUCAGAGUACGACCAGCUGCUGUUCGAGGACGAGACGGUAAACCGUAUGCAGGAGGCUCUGACGCUCUUCGACUCCAUCUGCAACUCGAGGUGGUUCAUCAAGACGUCCAUCAUCCUGUUCCUCAACAAGAUUGAUCGCUUCAAGGAGAAGCUCCCCAUCAGCCCCAUGAAGAACUACUUCCCAGAUUAUGAGGGCGGCGACGACUACGCGGCGGCCUGCGAUUACAUCCUCAACCGCUUCGUCAGCCUGAACCAGCACGAGACCAAGCAGAUCUACACCCACUUCACCUGCGCAACCGACACCACCCAGAUCCGCUUCGUUAUGGCUGCUGUCAACGAUAUCAUCAUACAGGAGAAUCUCCGCCUAUGCGGUCUCAUCUAGACCCAAGCCAAGCCCCCUUACCCCAUGCCCAAUCUUCACCACCGGAUACCCAAUAUGCAUCAAAUAAUCGACGACCUUUCGGCACACAUACUACGGUUCACGUACCGCAGCGCUUGAGCGCUCUGUACUUGACGAUAAGGGGGGCGGGCACCGAGCCGACUCGGGAUUCCCGAUCACCACUAUCCGUCCCCCUUUUUUCUUUUCUCCUUUCUCUGCUUUAUUUCUCUACGCUUUUCUCUAGUAUUAUUAUUGCCAAAACCCCCUCGACUAUUAUUUUUUACUGUGUCACGUUAUUUCUCUGUUUAUCUUAUCUCUCUUACUCUCUCGCGUGCUGGUUUCCUCACUUGACAUUGGUGUUGCUCGAUUAUGACGCUAUACAGUAGCGGGACUCCUUGUCAGAUUUACGGCUUUCGACGAUUUGGAGAUCGGACGGGGAAUCUAUUUGCAUUUGAACGUGAAAAGCGAGAAGCUCAACAAGGCUUUUAAUAAUCUUCCAUGUUGGGUGCUUGUGCGGGUUAUGUGAUAUGAUCCCUCGAAUGGUUAAUGCCCCUUGAUCACCUUGUUCGUAUCGGAACGUACGAGCUCGUAAAUUGCAACCAAUGAUGGGAAACUUAUACAACCACACUCGCGUGAAGCACUUGUUUGCGUUGUGAGAAUGCGACGUCACUGGACGCAUCGGGCCUACUUAUAUACAUGAUAAUACGAUGAUAGGUAUCCAAAUGCU